AUGGAGGGCCGUUUUGGCAUGUAUAUCUCUUCGCCAAUAUUCACGUUUCAAGUCGGCCAGGAGAGAAAAGAGGUCAUAGUCCAUUCCGGACCUUUGGCCGGUCUCUCUCCGGCCCUCGAUACACUUAUGAAUGGCCAGAUGCUUGAAGCAAAACUUCGACGAGUAGACUGGUCAGACGUGAAGAUGGAUACAUUCGCUCAGUUAUGUGAAUUCGCAUACUCACAGGACUAUACACCACCGACAUAUCAGCAGAGUUCCCAUUUCAGCACCACAUCCCCAAGUAGCAAAAAGGGCAAAAAGAAGACGAAGAAAUCUGACAUACCCCGAUACGGAUUUACCGGUGACGAGCCUGUUCCUGAACCAGAAACAGAACGUGGACCACCAUCCGAGCCGGGAUUCGGAGUUGAGACUAAUCAUGCGUUUGAAUUGCCUCUAAAGCAACGGACGAUCUCCGAGAGAGAUCUUCGAAACGUAUUUCUGGACCUAGAAUAUCCGCCAUUCAAGUCCACUUAUCAAUUUAAGCCAGAGGGCAACGAGAGUCCGACACAGGACUUUACUCACGUUCUUGUGGGACAUGCUGAACUCUAUGUGUUAGCUGAUAAUUUCACGGUCUACGAGACAAAUGUUGUUUGCAUUACCGAAUUCCUCAGGUUCGUGUAUCAGAACACCCCUCCACUCAAGGGCGAAAUAGACCCAUUGAGAAACCUCGCGUCUCGUUACGUGGCCUCCAUUCUAGGUCAGAUUGGCGACAUUGAGACUUUCAAGCAAUUACUGGCGGAAGGAGGGGACUUUGUGAUUGACUUUUGGAAUCUCAUCUGGGCAGUGGACAUACCAUCUAGAUCAGUACUUUGGGGAUCUGGAUAA